CGCUGACGGUAAUCUGAAAGCACUGAAAUGUGAAACUUAUACAAAUAGGUAACGUUUUAUCGAAGGAGGAUCCUGCAUGGGCGACACAUAGGAUUUAAGAUGGCGUCAUUGGAAGAUUGUGCAAAAUGGUUUGAACGAAAAGAAAAUACUAACUGGCUAAAAGUCUCGGUUGGAUUGAUCAUAACCAAACGUGGACUUGCACCAUUAGUAGAAAAUACCGUGGAAACGUGGAAGAACGGCCAAGUCCCGCAAGGAAGCAACUGUUCUGCGUGUUCUACUGCAGAAAUUGUACCAUGUGACCCACAAAACAAAAUUUGUAAUCAUGGAAUCUGCAAAUUGCACCAAUCUGUUACAUAUCGUCCGUGCCCGAACAAGGUUUGCGAUGAACUGAGACAGUCAAUUAUAAAUCAGCAUAGAUUUAAGGGUCCAUCAUGGCGAAAUACAAACGCCUGCGAUUGGUGCUCAAAUGCAUGGGAAGUAGCUAAAGCAUUUAUGCCACCAGAAGGAUAUGAACCGAUCAGCUCAUCUGAUGAAACAGAUUUGGACGGCUUUGUCAGUGUUCUUAUCAACUGUCUCCUUUUUGAGAAAUAUAUCCCCGACCUAGCAAACACGGUCAACGUUGCAACCAAGGUUCGCGAAAUUGGACGGAAAGUACGCCACGCAUCAAAACUUGAGGUCACCGACGAUGAGCUUAAGCAAUGGUUUGGAGACAUGCGAGCAUUGUUUAAUAUACCACAGCACAUUGCAGCGAAUUCUUCUGCACAGUGUACGCUAGAUGUAUUGAACAAGUUGGAGCUUGACCAGUUGCAUAUCGAGAGGACGGACGUGCUCGAUGCCAUAAUAGAUGUAGUAACUUCAUUGAAACGCCUCAACUCUUCCAUGGACUCUGAAGCACUGACUGACAACAUCAGCAAGCUACAAGAAAUGCAGCAGGACAUUGAAACACAGGUUGAAGUACAUAAACGUAACAUUGGUGAUUUGGUCGGUGAAAAGAAGGUUGAGGUAACUCAGCAAGAGAGUACAUUGCAGCCGAUAAUCGAUAACAAGGUUGAUGCUGACCAGCAGAGCUUUAACGAGUUUAAGAAAGAACUCAAGAAAAUUCUUUUAAAACACCAUUCUACAACCACUUCGACGCUGUCCAUGGGGCCGUUUUUUCCUAAUGGUGAAUCUCGUAUUCAGGACUUCUACGUACCACCAAUGUUGUCAGAGGUUUUCACGCAAACGACGUGUGACAAUAAAAAGCCGUUACAAACCAAGAAACAGCCAAUUACGUCUCUUGAACCGCUGUUGUGUAAGAACGAUACAAAGAAACAAUUCACAAUUUUAACAGCAAAUGCGGGUGUAGGCAAGACAUCCUUUUGUAAUUUCUUAGCUGUCCUAUGGUGCGCAUCGCAAACAAACGAAAGAGAUGUUUUUAAUCAUUUGGGGAAACGAUACAAUCUAACAUUUGAUGUUUUAGAAGACAUAAAAUAUCUCUUUUACAUAGACAUGACCACUAUUCCAUCAGAAGUAAGAAAUUCCGUAGAAGAAAUACUUUAUAUUCAUUUGAAAGAUGAGAUGGGAUACAAUGAAGAUGACAAACAACUCUUCAAAAAGCUGUUCACACAAGAGAGAGGCUUGGUGGUUUUAGACGGUUUGGACGAAACUGCCAUAUCUAAACUACAACCGCCAAUAGCCAACCGGACAUACAGCGUUGUACUUACGUGCCGGCCAUGGAAACUUGCAGACAUGGACAUACCAAGACACACGUAUUUGCAUUUAAGUGUCGAUGUUUUGGACGCUGAAUCCGUUGAAGAGCUUUUACGACAUGCAAACACAUGUCUAAACGCACAUUAUGGAACCGUAUUUAAGGUCGAAGAUUUCUUUGCCGCUGUCGAGUCGCAAAACCUGCAGUCCUUUACCUCAAACACGCUCAUGGGUUUGCAACUAUACUGUAUCUGGCACGGUCGAUGUAUAGACGACGAAACACCACAAAAGAGUAAUAGCAAGCUGACGCUUGGGAAAACAGGGUCACACAUUUAUGCCGACGUUUUAGAAACGAUGUUUGAUAUAGGAAAAAAGAGGUAUAAAGAAAGCUUGCCACGAGCACAACUACAAGCUCCAAAUGAAAGGCGGCUUCCAACAUGUUUCGAGCGAUGCAGUACUUGUAAAGCAAACUCCGACACAAUAUAUGAAACAGGAAAAAUAGCAUUUCAAAUGUUAAUCGACUUGAAAUGUUGUUUUGAUCAGGAAACUAUGAACUUGUUCAAAGAAAAUAAGCUUCUACAAGCUUCAGGACUGAUAACAGCUAUAAGGUCACACAAAUGCAGCAUUAAAAACACGAAGUAUCGUUUUGUACACAAAACCUACCAGGAAUUCUUGGCUGCUGUGUAUCUUUCGUCAUUGAAAUUCGAAAGUGAAGAUUGGAUGACAUAUGAAAGCCAUUUCGAAACUACAUUUUCACCAGACAUAAUGUCUUUCCUGUGUGUCAUGAAUUACGAGCAGGGCCAGCGAUGUGCGGAAAUGUUCGGGGACAUGGAUCGGACGUUUUACAGAAAGAGUACAUUCUAUUUCGAUGAGCUCAUCGAGUAUCAGUCUACGGUGCUGCAGUUGUACAACGAAUGUGUGAACAAUGGCGUUUCUGAGCCAAAGCUUGCGUUAAGGCACAGCUAUAUAGAUAAUGAGCGUAUGUCAGUUGACCAUUAUCUAUUGAAAUUCAACGCAAAAACGACAAAAACCUGUGCAAUGAUGAGUUACGACGCAUGCGCAAUGAAUAUGAAUUCCAAAGAAACAAUGGAAGAAAGAAAUAUCACUUCAUUAAAAGCCUACUAUUCAAAUCUGCAAGUAUUCCCCAAAACAUCUCUAACAACCUUGGAACUGAUAUGGCUUGACAAUUUUGAAAUACGAAACGAUGAAAUAGAUCUCGUUUAUUGCGAAAAUCUUAAAGUAUUGAUACUACAGAACAUCGGCCUCAAGCGUGUGACCAUCGCCCCGGCCCAGCUGGAGCAGCUUGUGGUUUCGACCCGUGAAGUCUUUUGGAAGAGGAUCCCGCCCAUGGGAGUGACAUUCGCACAUGGAGAACAGUUUUCCAACAGACUAAGAGAACUCAGUUUGGUCGACAUUGUUUUGAAUGGACGCCUAGAUUUAAGUCAGUGCGAUAAACUUCAGAAGCUGGAACUGGACACAUUGUCAUUCCGUGCCACCUACCACCUUGACGUAUCAUCAUUCUCUGACCUCACUAAGAUAACACUGAAAGACAUCUGCCUCAGGCAAUUGACCAUCGCCCCGGCCCAGCUGGAAUUGUUCUGCGUCUUAACCAGCGAAUACAUGUUGGAUACGAUUCCGGCAAUGGAGGUGUCAUUCCAAGAUGGAGAACAAUUUUCCAACAAACUACGGAAUCUCAGUCUGAACAACAUUAUAUUACAAGCACACUUAGAUAUAAAUCAGUGUGAUAGACUACAGACUCUUUGGCUGGAUACAUUAUCAUUCCCUGACGACUACCACCUGGACGUAUCAUCAUUCACUGGCCUAACUGAGAUAAUGCUACGUAACAUCUGCCUCAUGCAUGUGACUAUUUCCCCGGCGCAGCUGGAGACAUUCUGGGUGCUCACCGAUGAAAGUCUUUGUGGCAAGAUUCCACCCAUGGAGUUGACAUUUGCAAAUGGGGAACAAUAUACCGACAAACUUGUGGAGCUCAGUAUGGUAAAUAUUGUAUUAAAUGGAUACCUUGAUAUACGUCAGUGUGUUAAACUACACAAACUGCAACUGUACGAUGUACCAUUCCCUGACGAAUAUCAUCUCGACAUAUCCAGCUUCACAGACCUCACGAGGAUAAAAUUACGAAAUGUCCGCCUCUGGCAUAUAACCAUUGCCCCCGCUCAGCUUGAGCUGUUCUAUGUCUAUACAACUACUAAUCUACUGGACAAGAUACCCGCCAUGAAGGUGACAUUCGAUGAUGGAGAACAAUUCACCAACAAACUACAAGAGCUAAGUCUGCGCAACAUUGUUUUAAAUGGAAAACUAGAUAUAUCUCAAUGUGAUCGACUGCAGACUUUGCUGCUGGAUACCAUUUCUUUCCCCGACGAUUAUCACCUGGACAUGUCCUCCUUCAAAUACCUUACUAGUAUAACACUACAUUAUGUCCGAAUCCAGCAUGUGACCAUCGAACCGGCUAAGCUAGAGAAAUUCUGGGUGCUCACCCAGAAAGAUCUGCGUGGCAAGAUUCCACCCAUGGAGUUGACAUUUGCAAAUGGUGAACAAUAUAGCAACAAACUUUUGGAGCUCAGUAUGGAAAAUAUUGUAUUAAAUGGAUACCUUGAUAUAAGUCAGUGUGAUAAACUACAGGAACUGCGACUGGACAAUUUAUCAUUCCCUGAUGAAUAUCACCUCGACAUAUCCAGCUUCACAGACCUCACUAGGAUAGUAUUACGGAAUGUCCGCCUCUGGCAUAUAACCAUUGCCCCCGCUCAGCUUGAGCUGUUCUAUGUCUAUACAACUACUAAUCUACUGGACAAGAUACCCGCCAUGAAGGUGACAUUCGAUGAUGGAGAACAAUUCACCAACAAACUACAAGAGCUAAGUCUGGUCAACAUUGUUUUAAAUGGACAACUAGAUAUAUCUCGAUGUGAUCAACUGCAGAUUUUGAAGCUGGACACAAUUUCAUUCCCUGACGAUUAUCACCUGGACGUAUCGUCCUUCAUGCACCUUACAUGUAUAUUACUGGCAAACAUCCGCCUCCGGCAAGUGACCAUCGCGCCGGCUCAACUUGAGCAAUUCUGGGUGCUCACCAGUCAAGAACAGCGUGACAAGAUCCCGCCCAUGGAGGUUUCAUUUGCAUAUGGGGAGCAGUAUUCAAACAAAUUAGUGGACCUCAAUCUUGGUAACAUUAUAGUAAAUGGACGGCUUAAUAUAAAUCAGUGUAAUAAACUUCGGAAGCUGCGACUGGACAGAGUAGCAUUCCCUGACGAUUAUCACCUCGACAUGUCAACUUUCACAGACCUCACUGUAGUAAUACUACAAAAUGUCAGCCUGCAACAUAUGACCAUCGCCCCGGGCCAGCUGGAAGUGUUCUGUGUCUUCACCACGGAUGAACUCCUGGGAAGGAUACCCUCCAUGAAUGUGACAUUUGCACAUGGAGAACAGUAUACCAACAAACUACGGAAUCUCAGACUGCACAACAUUAUUUUAAAUGCACACUUAGAUAUAAAUCAGUGUGAUAGACUACAGACUCUUUGGCUGAACACAUUAUCAUUCCCUGACGACUACCACCUGGACGUUUCAUCAUUCACAGACCUCACUCAGAUAAUACUACGUAACAUCUGCCUCAAGAAUGUGACCAUUUCCCCGGCGCAGCUGGAGAUAUUCUGGGUGCUCACCGAUGAAAGUCUGCGUGGCAAGAUUCCGCCCAUGGAGUUGACAUUCGCAAACGGGGAACAAUAUACCGACAAACUUGUGGAGCUCAGUAUGGUAAAUAUUGUAUUAAAAGGAUAUCUUGAUAUAAGUCAGUGUGAUAAACUACAGGAACUGCGACUGUACGAUGUACCAUUCCCUGACGAAUAUCACCUCGACAUAUCCAGCUUCACAGACCUCACUAGGAUAAAAUUACGGAAUGUCCGCCUCUGGCAUAUAACAAUUGCACCCGCUCAGCUAGAGUGGUUCUGUAUCUAUACAAGUACUAACCUUCUGGACAAGAUACCCGCCAUGAAGGUCACAUUCGAUGAUGGAGAACAAUUCACCAACAAACUACUAGAGCUAAGUCUGCGCAACAUUGUUUUAAAUGGACAACUAGAUAUAUCUCAAUGUGAUCGACUGCAGAAUUUGCUGCUGGAUACCAUUUCUUUCCCUGAUGAUUAUCACCUGGACAUGUCCUCCUUCAAAUACCUUACUAGUAUAACACUACAGUACGUCCGAAUCCAGCAUGUGACCAUCGAACCGGCUAAGCUAGAGAAAUUCUGGGUGCUCACCCAGAAAGAUCUGCGUGGUAAGAUUCCGCCCAUGGAGUUGACAUUUGCAAACGGGGAACAAUAUACCAACAAACUUAAGGAGCUCAGUAUGGAAAAUAUUGUAUUAAAAGGAUAUCUUGAUAUAAGUCAGUGUGAUAAACUACAGGAACUGCGACUGUACAAUGUACCAUUCUCGGACGAAUAUCACCUCGACAUAUCCGGCUUCACAGACCUCACUAGGAUAAAAUUACGGAAUACUCGCCUCUGUCAUAUAACCAUUGCACCCGCUCAGCUAGAGCGUUUCUGGGUCUAUACAAAUACUAACCUAAUGGACAAGAUACCCGCCAUGAAGGUGACAUUCGAAAAAGGAGAACAAUUUACCAACAAACUACUAGAGCUAAGUCUGCGCAACAUUGUUUUAAAUGGACAACUAGAUAUAUCUCAAUGUGAUAAACUGCAAAGACUUGUGCUGAACGCAUUAUCAUUCCCUGACGACUAUCACCUGGACAUGUCCACCUACACGGACCUCACUGAUAUAGAACUGCUAGACAUCCGCCUUAAGCAUUUGACCAUUGCCCCGUUAAAGCUUGAAUGUUGUUUGGUCUUUACCAGUGAAGAUCUGCGGGAGAAGAUUCCUCCAAUGAAGGUGACGUUCGCCCAUGGAGGAAAGUUUUCGAAUAAGCUAUGCGAGCUCAUUCUGGACCACAUUAUACUAAAUGGAAACCUAGAUAUAAGUCAGUGUAGUAAGUUAAAGACACUGACACUGACCACAUUAUCGUUCCCUGAGGACUAUCACCUAGACUUGACCUCAUGCACGGACCUCACUGAGAUAGUUUUCCUUGACAUCCGCCUCAGGCAUUUGACAAUUGCCUCAGCCAAGCUGGAGUGCUUUUUGGUUCACACCAGGAAAGACUUGUGUGACAAAGAUCCGCCAAUGGAAGUGUCAUUUGCGCAUGGGGUACAGUAUACCAACAAACUACAGGCGCUGAGUUUGGACAACAUUAUAUUAAAUGGACAUCUGGAUAUGAGUCAGUGUGAAACUCUACAGGAACUUAGGCUUGACACAGUAUCGCUUCCUGACGAUUAUCACCUCGACUUAUCCUUAUCUACGGACCUCACUGAAAUAACACUGCAGAACAUCCGCAUACAGCAUUUGACUAUUGACCCGUGUGAGUUAAAACUUUUCUCGGUGUCCACCAGUGAAGACCUGCUUGAGACGAUUCCGCCAAUGAAAGUUUCAUUCGAUAAUGGAGAAACCUUUUCAUGCGAGCUACGCGUGCUCAUUCUGGACAACAUUAUAUUAAACGACCGUCUAGAUAUAAGUGAGUGUGAUGAACUGCAGUAUUUGAAGCUGGAUAACUUGUCAUUCCCAGACGACUAUCACCUGGACAUGUCCUUCUUUAUGUACCUCACUGAAAUAAAACUGCAGAACAUCUGCAUACAGCAUUUGACUAUUGACCCGUCUGGGUUAGAACUGUUCUCAGUCUCCACCAGUGAAGACCUGCUUGAGACGAUUCCGCCAAUGAAGGUUUCAUUCGAUUAUGAAGAACCAUUUUCAUACAGGCUACGCGAGCUCAUCCUGAACAACGUUAUAUUAAAUGAUCGUCUAGAUAUAAGUGAGUGUGAUAAACUGCAGUAUUUGAGGCUGCAUGAAUUGUCAUUCCCAGACGACUAUCACCUGGACAUGUCCUCAUUUACGGACCUCACUGAAAUAACACUGCAGAAUAUCCGCAUACAGAAUUUGACAAUUGACCCGUCUGAGUUAAAACUGUUUUCGGUCUCCACAAGUGAAGACCUGCUUGAGACGAUUCCGCCAAUGAAGGUGACGUUCGCCCAUGGAGAAAUUUUUUCGAAUAAGCUACGCGAGCUCAUUCUGGACAACAUUGUAUUAAAUGGAUAUCUAGAUAUUAGUCAGUGUUGUAAGCUAAAGAAACUGCAACUGGCCACAUUAACAUUCCCUGACGACUAUCACCUGGACUUGUCCUCAUACAUGGACCUCACAGAGAUAGCACUUCUUGACAUCCACCUCAAGCAUUUGACCAUUGCCCCGUUUAAGCUUGAACUGUUCUCGGUCUCAACCAGUGAAGAUCUGUGGGAGGAGAUUCCUCCAAUCGAAGUGUCAUUAGCAAACGGGGAACAAUACAGCAACACUAUACUGAAGCUCAUUCUGGACAACAUUGUUUUAAAUGGAAAUCUAGAUAUAACUCAGUGUAAUAAACUGCAGUAUUUGAAGCUGGAUACCUUGUCAUUCCCAGACGACUAUCACCUGGACAUGUCCUCGUUUACGGACCUCACUGAAAUAACUCUGCAGAACAUCCGCAUACAGCACUUGACUAUUGACCCAUCCAAGCUAGGACUGUUCUCGGUCUCCACCGGUAAAGACCUGCGUGAGACGAUUCCGCCAAUGAAGGUGACGUUCGCCCAUGGAGAAAAGUUUUCGAAUAAGCUAUGCGAGCUCAUUCUGAACAACAUCAUAUUAAAUGGAAACCUAGAUAUAAGUCAGUGUUAUAAGCUGCAGGUUUUGCAACUGAAUAAAUUGCCAUUCCCAGACGACUAUCACCUAGAUAUGUCAUCGUUUACGGACCUCAUUGAAAUAACACUGCAGAACAUCCGCAUACAGCAUUUGACCAUCUCCCCGUCUAAGCUAGAACUGUUUUCGGUCUCCACCAGUAAAGACCUGCUUGAGACGAUUCCGCCAAUGAAGGUGACGUUCACCCAUGGAAAAAAGUUUUCAAAUAGGCUACGCGAGCUCAUUCUGGACAACAUUACAUUAAAUGAUCGUCUAAAUAUAAGUGAGUGUGAUAAACUGCAGUAUUUGAAGCUGGAUAAAUUGUCAUUUCCAGACGACUAUCACCUAGACAUGUCCUCAUUUACGGACCUCACUGAAAUAACUCUGCAGAACAUCCGCAUGCAGCAUUUGACUAUUGACCCGUCUGAGCUAGAACAGUUCUCGGUUUCAACCAGUGAAACCCUGGUUGAGACGAUUCCGCCAAUGAAGGUGACGUUCGCCCAUGGAGAAAUGUUUUCGAAUAAGCUACGCGAGCUCAUUCUGGACAACAUUGUAUUAAAUGGAUAUCUAGAUAUUAGUCAGUGUUGUAAGCUAAAGAAACUGCAACUGGCCACAUUAACAUUCCCUGACGACUAUCACCUGGACUUGUCCUCAUACAUGGACCUCACUGUGUUAUCUUUUCGAAACGUCCACCUUCGGCAUGUGACCAUCUCCCCGGCCAAUUUUGAGAUAUUUAGGGCGUUGAACGUUGAACAUAUGAGAGGAAAUAUACAGCCGAUGGAGGUGACAAUUUUAGAUGGGGCAAAGUUCACUCACAAGUUAAAGAAAUUGGGCCUGGUUAACAUCAUUUUAGACGAACCUAUUGAUUUAAGUCAGUGUUCCAAUAUAACAGAAAUUAAGCUUAGUGGGGCCAUUCUCAGCGAUUCCAAAGGUGUUCCUGAGGUUAUGCAACAAAUGAAAAUGUAUCGCUCGGAAGGGUGUGUAAUUUAUGAGCAAGUUCACUCAAAACAAAUAUAA